GGGAGGGAAGAAACCGGUGUACGGACAGUAAAGUGGUUGCCAUUUGUUUCUGAUUCACAAAAUCCUUGUCUUUGUUUUGUGUGGUGGAACACAGAAAUGAUAUUACGGUUAGGCCCACUAUUUUGUGACAUAAUUGGAAUAUGCCUAAGGGCAAUAAAGUAAUAAAAGCGUGAUCAUUAGUUAACCACCGAUUCAUUCAUUAAAGGGUCUUAUCUUUCUUACAAAUAUCCUUUACAUUGAAAACUGAUAAGAGUUCACUCCCAGUUCAAUUCAGACCAAGCUUCACUACCCCUUUUAAUAAUGGCACACUCUUUGAGUUUUGCUCCUAUUUGUUCCUUGAAAUCAUCAAACACACCUGGAUCUCUUAUCGGUAAUUCAGUUGCCCGAAAGGCUUUUUCGAUUAAGGAAGUUAGUCUGAAUUCUAAAGUUGGAAACUUUCAGUCUUUGGAAGUUAAGGCUACAGAAGAUAGUAGUCCAGCCAUAAAACAGGCUACAGGAGAUAGUAGUCCAGCCGCAAAAGCAAGAAGCCUUUUUUGUCCUGAUUGUGAUGGAAAUGGUGCAAUAGCAUGUACUCAAUGCCAAGGCGGCGGAGUUAAUUUGAUAGAUCACUACAAUGGACGGUUUAAAGCUGGUGGAUUAUGCUGGCUAUGCAGGGGUAAAAAAGAUAUUUUGUGUGGAAGCUGUAAUGGAGCUGGUUUUCUUGGUGGAUUCAUGAACACAAAUGAUGAAUAGAAAAUUGGAUAGAUUGAAUCAUGAGGAUUGCCUUUAGCUGUGAACAAAGAGAAAAGGAAGUGGAAAUGUGUUGUUAGUCUUUUUUGUACUAAUGUGUAUUUAUUUAUUUAUUUAUUUAUGUAAUUUGCUGGCAACAAGAUUUUGUCUGAAUUUAUAACUUUUUUUGGACUGGACUUCAAUUUAUAAUUGUUCUAUGGAUGGAUGGAUGAGUGUAUACCUAUUAACUGCUAUAGUGCUAUAUUUAGUUUUA